CAAAAGCAAAAUAGCAUCCUCUAUAAAGUUCACUUUUUUUCUUUUCUCUAAACCCCAUUUUCUUGAAUUUAAUUUAAAGUAGGGUCUAGGAUUUUAUUGCCUUUAGUACCCCACACACACUUGAGGUUGCUCCAAAAGCUUAUUUACAAGAAGUUUGUAGAAAGAGAAAGAGGAAAGAAUGGCAGGUGGAGGAGCAGCUCCAGCAAAAUCAUCAGAUGACCCAGCGCCACAUCCAACUAAAGAUCAGCUUCCUAAUGUUUCCUACUGUAUUACUAGUCCUCCCCCAUGGCCUGAGGCUAUCCUUCUUGGGUUUCAACAUUAUCUUGUUAUGCUUGGUACAACGGUCAUCAUUCCUACGGCUCUGGUUCCCCAAAUGGGAGGUGGAAAUGAGGAAAAAGCAAAAGUUAUCCAGACAUUGCUAUUUGUUGCCGGGCUGAACACCUUGUUGCAGAGUUUCUUUGGGACUAGGCUGCCUGCUGUGAUUGGAGGGUCCUACACCUUUGUUGCUCCUACAAUUUCAAUCAUCCUUUCUGGUCGUUGGGAGGACCCAGACCCUGUGUCGAGAUUCAAGAAGAUAAUGCGAGCUACCCAAGGUGCACUUAUUGUUGCUUCAACGCUUCAAAUUGUCCUGGGCUUCAGUGGACUCUGGCGCAACGUUGUAAGGUUUCUGACCCCCCUUUCAGCUGUUCCUUUGAUAUCUCUUGUUGGCUUUGGGCUUUAUGAGUUUGGUUUUCCUGGGGUUGCCAAAUGUGUUGAAGUUGGGUUGCCACAGCUAGUCCUUUUGGUCAUUUUCUCUCAGUAUUUGGCUCAUCUGAUAAAACCAGGAAAGAAUAUCUUUGAUCGCUUUGCUGUUCUUUUCACGGUAGCAAUUGUAUGGAUUUAUGCAUACAUACUUACUGUGGGUGGGGCUUAUAAUGGGAAGCCACAAAAGACACAGAUAAGCUGCAGAACUGAUCGGGCUGGACUUAUUAGUGGUGCUCCCUGGAUUAGAGUUCCAUACCCUUUUCAGUGGGGAGCACCUUCAUUUGAUGCUGGUGAAGCAUUUGCUAUGAUGAUGGCUACAUUUGUUGCUCUUGUAGAGUCCACUGGUGCUUUUAUUGCAGUUGCAAGAUAUGCAAGUGCCACUCCCAUGCCACCAUCGAUACUCAGCCGUGGCGUAGGCUGGCAG